AUGACCAACAAGACAGAUCUCAGAGUCUCCAUCAUUGGAGCAGGAAUGGGAGGGUUGGCCGCUGCCCUAGCCUUCGCCAAGAAAGGCUUCACAAACAUCCAUGUCUACGAAGACGCACCCGCCCUCGGCUUCGUCGGCGCCGGCAUCCAAAUGGCCCCCAACAUGAUCCGCCUCCUCGACCAACUCGGCGUCUGGACCAGAUCCUCAAUCAAAGACGAAGCAACACAAGUCGAGGAAGUCGUCAUCCACGAUGGCGCCUCAAAUAAACUUCUUGUGGGCGUUUCAAUGACUGAUAUAGGGGAUAAGUAUGAGUAUCCCCACUAUGCAGGUCAUCGUGCUUCACUCGCUGAGGGGAUUUAUGAUGCUGCCAAGGCAGAGCCGGCUGUGAAAUUUCACUUUAAGAAGACGUUGCAGUAUGUUGAGGACUUUGGACCGGGGAAGGUCAAGUUUAUUGUUAAGGAUGAGGAUGGGAAGCCGCAGAUUAUUGAGACGGAUGUGCUCAUUGGGGCUGAUGGGAUUAAGUCCAAAGUUAGAGAGUCGAUACUCGCUCAUCUCAACUUGGCAGCAGAAAUCCUUGAGACUGGGACAGCGGCUUACAGAAUUCUUCUGCCCCGAGAAUUGCUGGAACCACAUCCCUACCUGAUGUACAUGCUCAACAGAAACACUGUUCGGCGAUGGAUAGGCGAGAAGCGACAUAUCAUCGCCUAUCCGAUCCACAACCACUCCAUCUUCAACAUUGCUUCAGUUCAACCUGAUGUCAACUUCGCCGGCGCUACCAAUGCUACAUGGACCAACAAGGGAAGCAAAAAGGCUAUGAAGCAGGUCUUCGAAGACUUCAACCCCAUCGUUCAACAGCUUCUUGAUCUUGUACCGGGUGACGAAGUGGUCGAGUGGAAAUUGCGCUGUCAUGAGCCCCUCGCCACAUGGACAUGCGGUGCCGUUACCAUGCUAGGCGAUGCAUGCCAUCCAACACUACCCCACCUCUCCCAAGGCGCUGCAAUGGCAAUCGAAGACGCAGCUACGCUCGCCGAAGCAUUAAGUCUAAUGCCAGGCGACGGUUCAGACCGAGAAGCUAUCGAAAAGACACUAAAAGUAUAUGAACUUCUGCGAAAGCCUCGUACAUCGACUUUGGUAGAUUUGGCGGUUCAAUCCGCCAAGGCAUUGCACAUGGGUGCUGGGAAAGCUAGGGAGGAACGAGAUCGUCAGUUUGCGGCUGCAAAGACGGGGUCUGCGCCUGUGCCGGAUAAGUGGGUUAGUCCGGAGGUGCAGAAGAUGAUUUAUGAGCAUGAUUGUAUCAAGGAUACAAGAGAGCGGUUUGAGCAGACUUAUAAGUAUGUUUCCAAGGGGGUUACGUCGAAGUUGUAG